GCUCCUGGCCCACGAGGAUCGCCCGGCCCUCCUGGGUCCCCCGGUAGCCCAGGACCCCCAGGGACAGACGGCAAACCGGGACCUGCUGGUUUACAAGGUCAAAGGGGUAAGAAGGGCGAACCUGGUUUCCCGGGAACUGAUGGACUUCCUGGACUUAUGGGGCAGAGCGGACUACCUGGAGUCGCUGGCCCUCCUGGCCCCACUGGGCCCCCGGGGUUACCUGGCGAAGUGGGCAGAAUUGGCCAGCCUGGACCACCAGGUCUACCUGGCAAACUUGGCCUGGAUGGUCUGCCUGGACUUCCUGGAUCGAAAGGAGAAAGAGGAGAGAGAGGAGAGGACGGUUUCCCUGGGAAAAUGGGUACGAAGGGUGAAACAGGAGAUCGUGGACUACCUGGCAGAGUUGGAGAUAGGGGUGAAGCUGGCCUUCCAGGUCCAACUGGCUUACCAGGACUGAGAGGAGAAAAGGGAGAUCAGGGAGACAAGGGAAGGGCUGGGAUCCCCGGCUUCAAAGGUGAAAGAGGCGACAAGGGUGACGUCGGCCCUGCUGGUCCCCCGGGCCAACCUGGAACGACAUCUGUGUUUACACCUCAACCCAGUGGUCCUGGAGAACGAGGUCCACCAGGUGAAAAGGGAGACCGUGGAGAAAGAGGUGAACCCGGACCCCGUGGCAUCUCAGGUGAGCCAGGGCCACCUGGACCUGCAGGGCAACAGGGUGUGAAGGGACAGGAAGGAGCUGUGGGAAGACCGGGAGCUCUUGGAGAGCCUGGUGCUUCUGGGCCUGCAGGCCCCCCAGGUCCACGUGGCUUGCCAGGAAAUGUGGGAAAUCCUGGAGAUCCUGGUCGACCGGGAGAUGUCGGAGAAAAAGGAGACAAGGGUGAUCCUGGGAAGGAUGGGAAACCAGGAGCCCCUGGGCGGGCAGGUGAGCCAGGACUGGCCGGAGAACCUGGGUUACCUGGCAAGAUUCGAGAUGGAGAAAGGGGUGAAAGAGGACCACCUGGAUUACCUGGGCCACAUGGACACAAAGGAGACAGAGGGGCUCCUGGUGUUCCUGGCCAGCCAGGAGACAGAGGCGCUCCAGGAAUCGGACUUGGUGGACCACCUGGCCCAGUGGGACCUCCUGGAGAGAAAGGGCCAUUGGGUCUCCGAGGUUUACCCGGCAUACAGGGCCCCCCUGGACCAUCUGGGCAGGAUGGUUUGCCAGGAAAUCCAGGGGAAAGGGGACCACCAGGAAAACCGGGUUCCUCACCUCUGCUUUCUCCUGGUGAUAUAAGUCUCUUAGUUAAGGAUGUGUGCAGUGACUGCCCCCCUGGGCCCCCUGGGCUCCCUGGGAUGCCAGGAUUCAAAGGUGAUAAAGGCCCCCCAGGUUCGCUCGGCAGAGAAGGCCCAGUUGGAAAAACAGGCGAGCCUGGACCAAGAGGUCAUCAUGGCCCACCAGGUGUGGAAGGUCCCAAGGGUGCUAAAGGAGACCGUGGGACGAUGGGCGAGGCUGGUCUGAAGGGUGAACAGGGCCAUCCUGGUAUACCUGGCUUCCUGGGCCAACCUGGAAACCCAGGCCCACCUGGCUCUGACGGUCCCCCUGGACCUGUGGGACCACCAGGGAAUCCUGGAGGUACGGGUAAAGAAGGCCCAUCUGGACCCCAGGGCCCUCCGGGAUUGCCUGGACUCUUGGGCAUUCCUGGAAAAGAUGGCAAAGAAGGCAAGCCAGGGUCUCCAGGGGAACCGGGCAAAUCAGGAGAGCCCGGACUACCAGGACCGGAGGGGUCUCGAGGGUUGCCGGGUUUUAAAGGACCCAGGGGAGACGCAGGUGUCCCAGGCUCAAGGGGAGAGGUGGGCCCAGCCGGACCUCCUGGCCGUGAAGGACAACCAGGAAAAGAUGGGGAUCCUGGCCCAGUUGGGCCUCCCGGUCCACGAGGGCUCAGAGGGGUUUCGGGCAAGAAUGGACCACCUGGUCCUCCAGGGGAAAGUGGCUCUCCAGGUAACCCGGGUCAGAAAGGAAGCAAGGGUGAACCGGGCAGCCCAGGACUCCCUGGAUUUAUGGGGCCACGGGGACCCCCCGGUGAAGCUGGCGAGAAGGGGCUUCCAGGGAAAGAGGGCACUCCAGGCAAACAAGGGGAGCUUGGAACCAAAGGUGACCGGGGAGAUCCUGGCAACAAAGGUGAAAAAGGUCCUCCAGGAGAGAAGGGCUCAGCUGGUGAUCCUGGCAUUCCUGGUCGUAAAGGGCACACAGGGUUAAUGGGUCCACCAGGACCAUCAGGAGAUAUUGGACAAGCGGGACCCCCAGGUGCUCCAGGACAACCUGGAUUUCCUGGACCUAGGGGGGAGCCUCCAUCACUUGAAACACUGAGAAGACUCAUUCAAGAAGAGUUAGGAAAACAGCUAGAUGCCAGACUGCCCUACCUCAUAAGUCAAAUGCAGCCAGCCAAUAUCAAAGCACCUCAAGGUAGACCAGGACCUCCAGGGUCGCCUGGUAAAGAAGGUCCCCCGGGUCGACUGGGUCCUCCAGGAGAGCCUGGCAGGCCAGGACAACCUGGCUUGGAAGGGCCAUCGGGGCCACCAGGCCAGAAAGGCGAAAGAGGAGACAAAGGAGAAAAAGGAGAAAAUGGUGUUGGUCAGCGAGGUGAAGUAGGUCCUCCAGGAAUUCCAGGUGUCUCAGGGGAACCAGGAUAUGCCAAAGAUGGGUUGCCAGGAGCGCCGGGCCCUCAGGGUGAAGCGGGUCUUCCUGGCAUGAUGGGACCCCAAGGGCCUCCAGGAACCAAUGGACAAUGUGACCCCUCUCAGUGUGCUUACUAUGCAAGCUUGGCCGCCAGACCCAGCAACGUCAAAGGCCCCUAGAAGGCAACUUCCGCACCCUUCCAUGGACUUCUGAUGGACCUAAUCAUGAAACUUGAAUUGAACAAGGAAGUCGGGAGUUUGAACCCCGUUUCACUCCUGUUCCUUUGCAAGAGGCCUUUUUUGAUUCACAAAAAACCAACGCUGCCAGUCAGUCAGGUUUUAUUAUAAAUAGGAAUCGAGCAAUUGUUAUUCUUUCAUGAGGCAAGAAGUGACUUUUUUUGUGGUUCUUUUCUCUAAACGUCAGGGCAAGUUUAAUUUUUUUAAAAAAGAUUUUUUUUUAAUAUAAAAGUUGACACCGAAGCAUAGAACUCAUGUAGGCAAAAUCUAAGUUAGCAUGGGAAGCCAAGGAGGAAUGUUGGUUGCUUUUUCUUGAGCAUUGAAACAUUUAAAAUGAGAUUUUGGAAGGGAGAGGAGAGGCUCUUGGAUUCUUCCUCUUUUUUCCUGGAGCUCACACAAAACUGCUUUGAAAUGAUGGGCUGAGGGAGCUGUUUAUCCUGUUUUGGGGAAGAACUUCGCACAGCGCACUCCCCCAAAAUGGGAUCAACCCAUUAAAUUUUCCUCAAGCAGCAGUGGCGUAGCGGCUAAGAGCAGGUGCACGCUGAUCUGGAGGAACCGGGUUUGAUUCCCAGCUCUGCCGCUCGAGUU